UUACAGGGGGGAGCGCUAUAUUGGAUCUACAGGGACGCUUUGAGAUGUUUAGCCCUUCAUGCAGACGUUCAAGUCCGUUUUUACUCACAGAUCUUGACAUGUGGGACACCAAAUCUCACUUUACAGCCCAGACCUCAGCAUGGUGUGGUAUGUCAGCUGUCUCUGGAUCAGGAUAUCAAUCAAAAGUCAGUACCAGGGACAGCGGCUUCGGACAGAGUGGCCCAAGUUUACGAAGAUGGCAGUCAUUGUCCCAUCUGGCACCCGAGAAAGGUGUGCGAUCUUCUUUAUCAGGGGCUGCAUCAAGGGUUGGCCAUGGUGAGAGUAGCUUUAGGCAGGCAGGAGUCCGAUGGCUGUCCGAUGCGCGUGAGCGACUGGACACCCAGCAGGACCAUCUGAGGAGUAGAGACAUGCAGCUGAGCUACAACACAGCUAAAGCACAGAUGUUCGACAUGAAGCAAAAGCAACUAUCAAAAGUCAUGAGUUCUCUUGAGCAGGAUGCGGCUGAAUUGCCCCAUUUUAAAAUGAGCCAGCAGUGUGGAGACCUUCAUGAAAAGGUCCUAAAGAUGGAGAAUGAACUGUUGCAAAUGAGGUCUACAUUGGCCAAAGAAAGCAUGGAACAACCAGCCAGACCCCAAACAGCUCACUUGCUAAGCAGAAUAUUACAGGAAACCCAUGAAGACUAUAACAAAAAGCAGAAAGUUGACUCAGAGCUGUGCAAUCUCAGAGAGGCUCUGAGAGAGGCUGAGGCAAAAGCUACAACCCAUAAAGAAGAGCUAAAUAAAGCACUCCAACAUCUCGAGACUUCAACACAGACACAGAGGACUAUGCUGAACCAAAUCGAGGAGAUGAGGAAGCUCAUAAAUCAUGAUGCACACAAUAGAUCUGAAGUGCAGCAGCAGCUGAGUGAGGCUGACAAUAAGAUCAGCAAGACUUGUCUGGAUAAAGCUGUCUUGUCAACACAAGUGCUGAAGCUGGAGGACAGUAUGAAAGAACUUGAAGCCAAACUGAUUAAAGCUCUGCGUGACAAAGAUCACCUGAUCCAGGAGAAAGAAGACCUCCUUCAAAGGUUAAGGGUUCUGGGGUUGCAGCUGGAAGGAGGAAUUAAUGCCUCGUCAAGCUCCGAGCCAAAUUACACUCCUGCUAAUUCAGUGGGUCACAACACCCAGGACCAGGAAACUGUCAAGGAGGAAACACAAUCUCUCAGAGAGGUCAAUGACAAGCUGAGGGCAGAACUUGAAAAGAUGGUGCAGAGUCUGGACUUAUCACAGAGUCAGCUGCAGGAGCUACAAGAGGAGAAGAUGUCAAAUUCCAAACAGAUCACAGAUCUGAAGGAACAGUGUGCUCUGCUGCUCCUGGAAAAACAGGAGCUGCUGCGCAAAAUGAACCCCGACGGGAAUGAGGUGCAGAGACAGACAAAGAAAAAUAGCUGCCAGCACAGUGAAUCUAUGGAACCUUUGGAAGUAGAAAGGCAGAAACUGCAGGAUCAGUGUCUAUGUUUGGAGGCACAGGUCCAAGAGAGGGAGGACCUGCUGCGCCUGCAGGAGGAAGAAUAUCGCAAGCGAGACAAAAUGAGAGAGCAGCACAUCGAUGAGCUGAAAGCGGUGACCUCACACUGGGCUGCAAAAUGGCAACAGGUGGCUUUGGCCCUGCAGUCCACUCAAGAAGAAUUAGAACAUUUUAAGAAGAACAAGUCAGCAAAUGACAGAGAGUCUGGCUUACUGAAGGCUGAGCUUGGUGUAUGCAAACAGGAACUGGAGCAGGAAAGACGCAGAAAUCAGGCUUUGUGUCACAGAUAUGAGGAAAAAGGUGGUGAGUCAGUGAAACUCUCCAACCAAGAGACACAGACAGACUCAUCAGAUUCCUCUUUACUGAAUGAGCCACCAUCACACUCGCUGAGCUGCCAACACAUAUCACCUCAGGGAUGGACACAAUGCGGUGAGGUUCAAAGGUUAAAACACAAACUCGAACAGAAAGAGAAGGAACUGAGUGAAAGAGAACAUGCUUUGAGAAGCCUAGAAAGGCUGAGAGAGAUGGAAAGAACUGAGGCUCAAAUUAAGAUAUCUACUCUAGAGUUCAAGCUCAUGAAAAACCUCUCUGAGAACUGUCAAGAUGUGCCAGCAGGGGACUGCACUGCUGACUCACCGAGCGUCCAGCUGGAUGAGAGCAGAGGGAGGGCAGAUCAGCUGCAGCAGGAGAAAAUGCUGGCAGUUCAGAAGCCUCAAACGCUGAAACAACAGCUUUAUCCGGUUAAAGAUGAGAAACCAUCUGUUGAAGGCAAGAGGGAUAAAACUCUGUGUCCAGUUAAUCCAGAGACGGAGCUUCAAAGGAGAAUGGUGACUGAGCAGCUUAAGAGUCUUUUUAAGGAGCGAGAAGGAAAAGAGGCAGGAAAGAUGGUUAACUUACCAUUUUCAGCUCAAACUGGAUCCUCCUCAUCUCAAGACAGGACUCCCACAUCUCUGGUUGCCAGGGCUGCUGCGGAAAGAAGAAACUGGCAGCAGGGCUCAAGUCUGACCCCAGUGUUUGAGGAGGAUGAGAACUGUGAGUGGACCGAAGAGGAGGAAGAUGAGACCCAUUCUCAGUCUUAAUGUCCAAACAGCCAAUCCAGGACCCACAAACUGCAGGCAAUGUCUGACCAGUCUUCUGUCUUUGGAGAUGAGGGUGACCUACGAUGAAGCAGCACAGCCAGAUGGACUAUUCCUGGCUGAGGUAAUGGACAUCUGUGGGUUCCAAUGAAAAUGAAGAGGAGAAAAGACUCUAGUUGGGUAUUUUGUCAUGACUUCUGCUUGAGAGAAAACAGUCAUUAUUAUAAGUCCCUACAUAAACUAAUACUUACAGGUAAAUGUACCAGCACACCUGUACACUUUGUAACUUAAUUAUAUAAAAUAAUCAAAUAUAGGUUAGGUUUUUUAAAAUAUAUGCUUUUAAACUAUGCUCCUGAGUGAAAGGAUUGUAAUAUUUUCCUGGUUUGAGUUUUAAGUGACAAUUUUAACAUUCUUCAUGUAACUUCUCACAUCCCUCCUACAAACAGGAAAUCUUAUAUUUGUAAACAUAUUGUAAACAUAUCUUGACAGAAUUUUUAGGUUUGAUAUGUGAAACAUCUGAUAUAUUAAAAUGAAUACAACACUGCACACACAGCAGGAGUCUCCUGUAACUUCUCUGCUGCUGAUCAAAACUCCCUCAUGAUGCAGACUGAUCUCCACCUGAUAAUCUGCACUGGGACACAAACAUAUGAAUGAUAAUAAAAAUGAAAUAAUAAAAACAUAGAGUCUGACAAACUAAGUUAUAGAGAUAAUCAUGAGAACAGAGGUUAAAACCCACACUGAUGAAAAAGGCUUUCUCAGUGUUUAUAUUCGGUAAUAUUUACAGGAAAGCGACUUAUGACUAUGUGACAGUGUUAAAUCCUGUUUGUGUUGAUAUGUCUCAAAUACAUAUCUUUUUGGUCACAAACUUUCUGUCAGGCCUUUCUUUCCUUACUGUUUACACAAGCUCAAGAAAUAUCUGAAGUAGA